AAAUGGCGCACGGAUAUCAAGGGAGUUGCAUCAUGGUGUCAUGCUCACCAAGAACACACAGAACGGUUGACAAAGGCGGCGUUAUCCUUGGGCUUUUCUGUGAGCAGGCAGGGAUGCAGCGCUUUCUUUGAGCUGAUGACCCGCUGCGAGAGGCGACCCUCAGGAUUCUGAUUAAUUGUAAACGUUGAGCGGAGGAGGAUCAGUUCGUACUGAGAAUGUCGCCGCCUGUUCAGGAGUCCCGGCCCCUGCUAAAUCCUGGGCCAAUCUCUUCUGAUCAAGAUGGGGAUCUAGAAGAAGGCAGCGCAGUGAAGCGGAUAACCACACACCCCGCAUCUAGAGAAAAAGCAAAACCGUCAGGACAGCCUUUCAAUUGGCGAGCACCCUGGGGAGACAGGGCGCCUCCAGAAUGGGCUGUGUUGGUGCUGGGUUGCACAAUUGGCUUGUGCUCAGGAGCAAGUGUUGUUUUGUUCAAUCUGACGGUGCAUGGGAUCCACCAUGUGGCCUGGGCAGGGACGCCAACCACGGGGGCUGCCUGGCUCAGGAUGCAACAUCUGUCCGACACCUGGCAUCGGAUCAUGCUCAUUCCUGUCUGUGGGGGGGUGGUUGUGGGAAUGCUGCACGGCUUGGUUGGAAUCAUUGAGAACAUCAGCCCGGCUGCCGGCCAUUCACACGGUUUGGUCGACAAGCUGAACCCGAUAGCCGCAGUGAAGCCUAUCAUCAAAGCGAUCCAGGCUGCUGUAACUCUGGGGACGGGGUCUAGUUUGGGACCUGAGGGGCCAAGUGUGGAUAUCGGCAAGGCGUGGGCGAGUGGUCUGGCGGACAUCCUGAAGAACAGCCGGCAGAACAAGAUUGCGCUUGUGGCGGCGGGAGCGGCGGCCGGGCUUGCGGCGGGUUUCAACGCCGCCAUUGCUGGCUGCUUCUUUGCUGUCGAGACAGUGCUCCGGCCGGCAUCCGGCGAAGCGGCUCCGACCCUCACCAUCUCAAUCGUCAUGAUGGCCUCCGUACUGUCGUCCACCGUAGCCAGAGUGUUCCUGGGUGCGGCGCCCGCUUUCACAGUCCCGGAGUACGAGCUUCGCUCCGCCGCAGAGCUGCCCCUGCACCUCCUCCUGGGCGUCCUGUGUGGCAUCGUGGCGUACAUCCUGCUGCGCCUCAUCGCCUACUCCCAAGAAAUGUUCGACUUUCUGCGCGACCGCCUCGGCGUGCCGAAGGAGGUCACGCCUGCGCUCGGAGGUCUCCUCGUCGGAUCCAUCGCGCUGAAGUACCCGGGGGUUCUUUACUGGGGCUUCGAAAACGUGGACGAGAUUCUGCACAGCCGGACGAGUCCCACCGCACCGGGACCGAGGCUCUUGCUCCAACUCGUGUUUGCGAAGAUCAUUGCGACGAGCCUGUGCAAAGGGAGUGGGCUGGUUGGCGGGAUCUACGCGCCGUCGCUGUUCCUGGGCGCCGCGCUGGGGAGUGCGUAUGGAGCGAUUGCGGGGAGCUUCAUUGAUUUUGCGAUCCCGGGGCCGUCGGGAGUGGCUGCGCCGCAGGCAUACGCGCUGGUCGGUAUGGCCGCGAUGCUCGCGGGGGUCUGCCAGGUCCCGAUGACGUCAGUCCUGCUCCUCUUCGAGCUGACGCAGGACUACCGCAUCAUGCUCCCGCUCUCGGGCGCCGUCGGACUCUCCGCUUGGGUCGCAUCCACCGCGAUGAAAAAAGAAGAAAAGCCGAAAGCGCACGCGUCGCCUCGAUCCCCCCGGAAUCGAAACCGGGGGGGUUCGGCAGACCGGGGGGGGGUGCUUGCGGCAGAGGCGUAUGCGGGGGCGAAGGGGGGGGACAAGGGGCGGGGGGGAAAACCGUACCGCAAGGGGAGGAGCAGUGUCGGGGAUCAGGGGUUGGAGUUGAUUCAGCUGCCGACGGGGGAGGUGUUCACGGAGGAUGAGCUGAUGGACGAUCUGCGAGUCAGCCAGGCGAUGAUGACGAAACUGGUCACCGUCUCGGCGAACGUGACGGUGCGCGAGGCGGUGGGUGCGAUCCUCAGCGGGCUUCAGCGGUGCUGUCUGGUGGUGGAUGAAGACAACCUGUUGGAAGGCAUCAUGACGCUGACCGACCUGGAGCUCGAGGCGCAGCGCGCGGCAAAGGCGGUGGCGCGGGGCGAGAUGGCACCGCUCGACGUCGACUCGAUGCUGGUUGCGUGCGUGUGCACGGGCAAGCGCGACGGUGAGACGGGCGAAGAGCUGGACCUGGUGAGCAUCUUCCCGGACAUGAGCCUCAAGCAGGCGUGGCGCGCCAUGCAGCCACGUGGCCUGCAGCAGCUGCCCGUCGUGGCACGGGGGGGGAAGCGGUGGCAGGAGCGGGGGCGCAAGCUGGUGGGGCUGCUCGACCGGGACUGCAUAAAGCGGGCGUGCAGGGCGGAGGCGACGAAGCGAGCGCUCGACGCCCUCAAGCAGCAGGAGCAAAAGGAGGAUGACCAGCCGCUGAAUCUAGGGGGUCACUAGGUAAAGGGAACGCAAAUACGGAUGUGUGCAAGAUACUGUCAGGAAUAGGAGCCGCAAAGAGGACGGAAUCAGAGCGAGUUGACAAGAUAGCCCUAGGUAGAUAAUGAGCCAGAAGUGCCUGACUUUGAUUUCGCAUGCCGCCACAAGGUCUCGGAGUCUCUGCAGAAAGGGCAGGACUCUGGUCAGCGCAGAAUGCCUGGCCAGACCGCUGUGCUUGAUCAUAUUGGAUCCUAACACAUUGUAACUUACUUUUAUUUUCACUUGAAUUGGCAGGCAGCGUGUGGGCCCACUGAGUUUGUAC